AUGAGCGGCGAGGACGCGUCCAAGCCCGGCAAGGCCGACCCGGACUUCGACCCGGUGUUGGAGGAGAAGAACAUGACCAAGGAGCAGCACGCGAGGGCCAUAAGGGCCGAUCGCGGUGGCGAGAACCCCGAGCAGUCGCUGCUGGACGCGCUGGAGGACUACAUCAUCCUCUGCGGGGGCGAACCUCUGGAGGAUGGAUGGAGGGUGGAGAUGAAGAUGCGCCUCAACGGCGCGACCGAGGGACAAUACGACGUGUAUUACUUCAACCCCGAGGACGUCAGGUUCCGAUCGCGCGCCGAGGCCGUCAGGUACUACGGCCUCAAGCCCAUCGCCGCGCCCCGCGGCGGGAGCAAGGGCGCCAAGCCGGGAUCCAAAGCCUUCGGCACAUCCUUCGGCAAGGCCAAGCCGUGGAAGCCGCGCGAGCCCAAACUCGAGCCGUACGUCCCGGUGCCCGACGUCAUACCCCGCGCAGACGCCGCGAAGGCUGCGACGAGCGCCGCCAACCCGGCGCGUGAAGCGCCCUUCACCGUCACGGAGGGUGUGAUGGUCGUCUCGCUGGGUAAGGUUGACGCCAGGCCCGCGUUCCACGACGCCACGCACGUGUUCCCGGUUGGGUACACCACCGAGUGGGUCAACUCCGAUGGAACCGCCAAGUUUCGCUCCGAGAUUUGCGACGGCACUUCCGUCGGCGACGGAAAGGCCUUCAAGGACGUUCCCGUGUUCCGUGUCACUCGAACGCUGACGCCAAAGGCGUUUGAGAAGGAUUUCCCGGAUGACGAGGCGAAGCGGGAGGAGGAGGCGGAAAAGGCGAACGAGGAUCCGCUCGUCUGCGACGGCGACUCGUCCCUCGCGGCGUGGUGCAAGAUGGCCGUGGAGAGUAACAGUUUCCACACCAUGAACGGCGAGGAGCUCGAGCCCGGCGCCAGGAAGGUGACAGGCGCGGGCACCGCCGAUCGGUUCUGCCUCGACGACAUCGACGUGGUUCGCACCCUCGAGGCGUCCACGUGGGUCGACGACAUGUGUCCCAUGUACCAGUACUGCGAACAGCGCGGGAGCUGGGCGGCUGAGGGGUUGCGACGCGCCAAGUACACCCUGGCCGCCGCCAGGGAGCUCCUUCAGGUUAUCAAGGACGCGAGCAAGGCGCAGGAGGAGGCCAAGGCGGCGAGGGAGAAAAUGAAGCGGCCGCCGAUGACCCAGGAGGAACGGGACAAGCACGAGGUUAAGCGGGUCGUGGACAAGAUGAUCAGCAAGCUGGAGGGCGUCCACGCGAGCAGGACACGACACGACCAGCGCGCCGCCGAGAAGGAGAGCGAACGAAUUGAACGAAUCGCGCAAAAAGAACGCGAGAGGAUCGAGCGCAAGGCGCAGCUCGAGCGCGACAGGGCUGAGCGCGAGGCUGCCAAGGAGCGGGAAAAGGCCGAGAAAGAGGCUGCGCGCGAGGCGGCCAAGGCUCAGAGGGAGAAGGACAAGGAAGCGGCCGCCGCCGCCAAGGAAAAGGCUAAGAAGGCUGCCGCCGAGGAGCGCGAACGGAAAAAAUUGGCGGAUGCGAAGAAGGGGGAGGCUGCGAAAAAAGCCGAGGAGCGCGCGUCGCAGUGGCUGCACGGCAUCACGCCCCGCGUCGCCGAUGAAUCACCCGCCGAGGACGGCGCCGCGGUCGCCCCCGGGCCGGUGACCCCGCCACCCGCGCCCGAGGGAUUCGCCGCGGCGAUCGCGCAGAAGCCCCGGCUCGCCGGAGACGUUCUGGAGGUUUGGACGUUUCUGGACAGGUUCCGCGACCUGCUCUUCGCCGAGCCCAUCCAGCGCGACGAGAACGGCGACCCCGUCGACUCCCCGCCGCGACCCGGCCGCAAGCGCAAGCACGUCGAGACGCGCGCCCCCGCGGAGGCUGCGCCGCCGACCCCCGCCGCCCUCGCCGCCGCGGUGAUCGACGGCGACGCGGUCGCCGCUUCCUCGCUCGUCGGCGCGCUCCUCCAGCCGCUCCUCGCCGCUCACGCGUCCGCGUCGGAGAAGAGCCUUUUGGUGGACGCCCUCGCCCUCGCGCCCGUCACCGACGCGUCCACCGCGGUCCCGGGCGGGGUGUGGGAGGAGAGCCUGCGCAGGUACCUCCGCGGAGUCGCCGCGUCGAUGGAACUUCCCCCCGAGGGUGCCACGGUCCGGUCCGCCGCCGACGCCGCCGAGGUGGUGUGCAAGCACAUGUGCGGCGGGUGCCCCACCGCCGUCGCGACGCCGCCCGAGACGGGCACGGUGACCACGCCGAGCGCCGCAGCCGCGCUCGCCGCCUCGCUCGAGGGGCACCCGAGGCCGCCCCCCGCAAUCGCCGCGAGGGCAGACGCCGAGGCCAUGACCGCGUGCGAGAUUGAGCUCUACGCCAACUUCGCCGUGCCGGGCGGCGCCGGGGAGUCGGAGCGCAGGCAGCGCGCGGUGCAAGCGGCGAUGGGCGCCGCCACGAACCCGACCGCGGCGGCGGUGCGCCAAUCCGUCAGGGUGCUCGCGCACACGGACAAAUUCCGACCCCCCGAGCUCAGCCGCGGCGCCAAGCGCGAACACGGCCAGGCGGCCGCCGCCGUGCCGUACUACGCGUCCGUCGCCGCCGGCGCCGGCGCGUCCAUCGCCGCCAGGGCCAGGUUCCCCCGCGCGAUCGAUUACGAGGUCAUAGACCAGAGGUGCGCCGCCGGCGUGUACGCGGUGGCUGCCCUCUCGGCGCACCCGGAUGACAUGGUCGCCGUCGACUCGGCCGAGUGCGGCGAGCUCGUCUCCGCGGCUCACGCGCCGCAGAAGGACGCGGCUCACGCGGUGACGCAGCGCGUGUGCAAGGCUGCGCGCCGGGGCAGGCCCGAGGGUCACUGCUCCGACGGUUUGGUCCACCUCGAGAUUGGCUCGCUCGCGCUCUUCGGAGGGGAGGAGGGGGCGCUGCCGAAGGUUGCGUGGGACGACGGAUGUCAGGUUUGCGGCGGCGACGUCGCCGCGGGGGUCGUGCUCAUCUGCGAGGAGUGCACGGGCGAGUACCACUGCGCGUGCCUGGACCCGCCGCUCGAGUCCGUGCCCGAGGGCGAGUGGUUCUGCCCCGCGUGCGAACGAGCGCAGGAGACUCGAGAUUCUCGAUCCCGGGAGCUCUUCGCGCUGCGGGGCACCAAGCUCGACCUCGUGACGCGCGGGUUGCCCACCCCGGACGGCGAGCUCGGGAGCACGCGAUGCCGCGCGGACGCCGCGCGCAGGCUCGUGAAGAUGGUUGGGGCCCUGGGACGGGGCUGGGGCGAGUGCACCCCCGCGGAGAGGCUCGAGUUGCUUCGCGAGCUGACGCUUCAGCUGCUGGAUUCGUCAACGGUUCGAAACGUUUUGGACGACUGCGAGCGCGCGCAGUUCGAGGUGCACGAGGCGCUGCGCAAGCACAUCAGGGACUUCACCUGCUACCGCAAGUACGGGGUGUCGACCGCGGAGAGGGACGCGAUCAUGCUCGCGGCUCGCGCCGCCGCCGAGGAGAAGGCUGAGGAGGCGGAGGCGGAGGCCAGGGCAAAGGCUGAGGUGGCCAAGGCCGCCAGGGCUGAGGCCGAGGGUGCCGAGGGUGCCGAGGGUGCCGAGGGUGCCGAGGUCAAGGAGGAUGCCGAGAUGGAGGAGGGCGACGACGCGAAGGGAUCCAAGAAGGAGGUCAAGUCGUACGCCGUGCGCAUGGCUGGCAUCGCCGCCGCCAACGCAUCCGUGUUUGAGAUUCCCGAGCAGGAGGGCCGGCUCCGGUGGCAGGCCAAGUGGCACGAGCUCGAGCAGCAGGCCAGGGCCGCGGACCUUCGACUCUCCCCCGUGGGUACCGACCGAACCGGCGCCUCGUAUUACAUGGUCGCGCCCUGGGGCCAGGUCGCCGUGCAGCCCUCGGGCGGCGGCGCGGUCAAGCGCAUCAAGGGAUCCACCGCCGCCGCGCAGGUGAACAAGAAACGCAAAAAGCCCAAAACCGAAGGCGCCGCGGAAAACGACGAAGACGAAGACGACGACAACGACGCGAGCCAGCCCGCGUCUCAGCACCAGGAAGGGUCCCAGCGUGACGAGAACGCGACGCUCCCAGAGGAGAAACCGUGGGGAAUGUACGAGGGCGCCGAGAGGCUGUUGGACGACCUCGCCAGUCGACUCAACAAGCGGGGUUUCCGCGAGGGCACCCUCUGGAGCGAGCUCGAGCGUCGGUUCGGCGCAGCGCCCGUGGAGGUAAAGGAGGAACCCGUCCAACCCGAGGUCAAGCCCGAGGGUGUCGAGGGUGCCGACGUGGAGAUGCACGAACCCGAGGCGGACGACGAUGAGGACAACGCGCAGAAGGCCAUGGCUCCCAUCAAAAACGUAAAGGCGGUCCCGGAGCCCCCCGCGGAUGCGACCGGUUGGAAACCCCCCGCCCCCGUGGGUUCACCCGUGGACACCCCCGAGGCUACCAUCGGGGCGAUCAAGGAUGAGCUCCUCGCGCUCGACGCCGCGCUCCCCGACGGCGGCGGCGAGGGCCGCGCGUUCUGCAAAGUUCGCGGGUCGAAGGCGAGGAAGGAGGCGUGGCGUCGCAUGAUUGAAAACGCGACCGAUCCGCUGACCCUCGCCAUGGCGUGCGUGCUGCUGGAGGCGUCGCUCAAGCGCGAGUGGCUCUCCCCCGCGUGGUUGCCGUGGUCCCCGCCCGCGAUCGCGCUUCGCGCCGCGUCCCAGCCCGACGCCAACGCCGCCGGCGCGUCGGUGCUCCUGAGGGUACACGCGCUGCGCAAGGCGAUUGUCUGGCCGCAGCAGAGGCGGAUCAGGGAGGAGGUCGCGCCGGAGCCGCAGCUCAGCCGCGAGGAACGCGGCGCGAGGAGGGCGGCCGCGCAGGCGGCUGCGCAGAUCGCCGCGGCCAUCAAGGCUUCCGAGAUGGACAUCGACGACGCGUACUGA